AUGGAUAUCUUUGUGAAGCAAUUCCCUACAUUUCUGUCCCCGAAUCAGAGCAGUUCUAUGCAACUACACGCGGAGUAUGCAGAUCGCGACUCCAAGAACAACAGAACUCAAGCUGCUUCUCUUAAGAUCAGUCUUCAGACCCUCAAAGUUUCUACGGGUGCUAGUGGUGAGACACCCCAAUAGUUAUGAGUUCUAUUUGCAAUUAUCUAACGCGCCAAUCAGGCAAUAAUAAUGCGACCGACGAUGACAUUACCAUGUCAGAGCUCGACUAUCCUAUGGGCAAAACCACAAACAGUUCAAUCAGUCAUUUAAAGUCAAAUAUGCAAUCAUCCAUUAAUACAGGCCAGAUUCAGCAGCAAGCUGAUCUGGCACACAUGUUACAACCAACUGUCCGGGCUCUACAAUCCGCCACAGACAAAGCCAUUAAUAAGAGCAAAGAAGUCGCAAACGAAGCCUUCAUAGGACCAAGGUUUGCAAAUGAGCGAAGGACUAUGAGACGAAUCUUCCGUGCUCAAGCUAGUAAUUUGAACAGCCAGAAUCCUUCCAAAAAGAAGCGCAAACAAGCAGAAACAAACCACAACGCUGUCGAUAACACGAACGCAAAGCCGAAGAGAACAAAGAAGAAGAAGAAGAAUGGCGACACCAUCUUUCGGGCCAACCUAUUCGACGGCUCAGUUAACAAAGUUAGAAAGAGAAACUCAAAGGAAGGAGAAAAAGAGCCGUACAUGCUAUAUUUAAGGUUAAUGGAACGUCACAAUUUCGAGGAGAGAAGAAGGCUUGCUUAUGCCGAUCUGGCUGCCAGGGCAGUUGUUUUCAGGACUGGGCCAGAAUCAAGGCAAAGGCAGGAAAUGUACGAGCAGAAAUACCAGGCACGUACUACCAGAAUGAGAGAACGACAAAUCAGGGAUGAAAAUGCGUUGAUGUCGGCAUUGAAUGGCUUGUCUCUUGAUGAACCAAAAGAUGCGAAUGAUGAUUGCGACGUAGUACUAUGA